AUGAAUGGUGGAAGCAUACACCACCCCGUCAAUAUCAAUCGCAAAGAAGCGAAAGAGAGUCCCAUUGGACAAAGAUGUCUGUACUUUUGCGACUGGCAAUUGCGACGAUCCAAACAUAUAGUCCACAUCGCCAGUGUAGCUGAGCUCGGUCCCUUCCCAGUCACCUUUGACUUCGCAGAAGCCAAAAAGGAAUGGCUCGAUAGCGCAGUACCUCAAGUCCUUGCUAAAGCCGGAUGCCUACUGAAAAAGCGAUUGGCUGCUGGAAAGGAGACUCCAGUGCUUGCUGUCCUCACCAAUGGGACUCUCUUUCGCUUCUUUGCGAUUGAUAUUGACGGGGUGGUGUAUGCUUCCACCAUUUAUCUAUUGAAACUUGACAAUGACAGAACAUACAAGACAAGCACAUCUCUCUCUGAAAUCCUUCGCUGGUUCACUUGGUUUAUGACUGCCAUCAAGUCUGUCUCUCCCCGUGCGUCCAGCGAGGAUUUGACCGACACAAUGACUACUGACUCGCUGACUCGACUCAGAAGCUGCUUUGAGCCAAAGGUUCCGAUUCAAAACAAAAAGGCCAAGAUUGAAAAGUAG